AUGAGCAUGCAAGAGAUGAAACGUGUUCUGGAUUUGCUAUCAGUAGUGGGUGGUCAAGCACAUUCUUUCCUCACGGAAUCGAAGGAGAACCAUUCAAUUGCGCGCGGAAAGAACCCCAAAGCCCAAGCUUUUGAACAGGAUGAGGUGGUAGUGAAGGAGAGAAUGGUCCUCGGUAUUUGA